AAUUAAAAAUAAACACUAAAAAAAGACUAAAAAAUCUAGGAGUAGGAGAAAAUAAGUUUUUUAAAUAAAACUUAUCUCCCUCUUAGCAAAAGUUUCCUCUAGGGCUCUGACUCUCAAGGAUAUACUCCUUGCUAGAAAAAUUGAACCUAUUGUUUUAUCAUGCUAUAAGUUAAAAGAGAAAAUUCAUCUAGUUCGCUUAAAUCUAUUAAAAUGGAAGUUUAAGUUAAAAAGUCCGCAAAUGAAGACAGAUAAAAUUAAAAGACAAAAGCUAAGCUUGCUAUUAAUGAUUCUCCUCAUUGCACUUACAAACUGUUUCUUAUUGUUAAUAAGAUUUAACUGCUUAAAAAGAAGACAUGAAACUCUAAUAACAAUUAACACUGCUAAUAAAAUAAUAACAAUAAAAUAUUACAAAUAAUAACCAUACACAAAUUUCAAUUCUAACAAUAUUAAAUCUCUUACUAUUUAAUCAAAUCUCUAUUUAUUAUUUCAAACAAUUAACUAUCAUUUACUACUAAUAUUUAUUUAUCUAUUUUCAAAUAUCCUUAUAUAUUUGUAUACGUGAUUGAAAAUAAUUGAUAAAAUAUCUGCU